AAUUUAAGCGGAAGUUACAUAUCAUUCAUUUACCAUCGGAAACCAAAACCAAAUGGCAAACGACAAUUUAGCGCCAGUUUCGGCCAGUGGGUCGCGACUAAAUGGAGAACCUGUACAGAUCAUCAGGGCAACAACAAAAGAAGAGGAAGAAAAAACACUACAUUUCUUUGAACUAGACGAAGAGAAACUUGCCAAAAUUCUUCUGGAUCCCAGAAUUCAGGAGAAGAAAGUAGUGGUUGUUUCAGUGGCUGGAGCAUUUAGGAAGGGAAAAUCCUUUCUCCUAGACUUCUUCCUCAGAUAUCUGAAUGCUAAGGGACACCCUAAUUGGCUAGGAGGUGAUGAUUCCCCAUUGGAGGGGUUCACUUGGAGAGGGGGGUCAGAGCGGGAGACCACAGGAAUUUUAAUGUGGAGUGAACCUUUUAUCUGUAAAGUUCCCUCCGGAGAAGAGGUUGCUGUCCUAUUGAUGGAUACCCAGGGGGCUUUUGACAGCGAGUCAACUGUGAGGGACUGUGCCACUAUUUUUGCCCUCAGUACAAUGCUUAGUUCAGUUCAGGUAUUUAAUUUGACGCACAACAUACAAGAAGAUGACCUGCAACAUUUACAGCUUUUCACAGAAUAUGGAAGACUAGCAUUGGAAGAUAAUGACAACGUGUCAAAACCAUUCCAGUGUCUUAUGUUCCUAGUCAGGGACUGGAGCUUCCCAUAUGAAUCUCCAUAUGGAGCAGCAGGGGGCAGAAAGGUCUUAGAGAAAAGACUGCAGAUCUCUGGUAAACAACACCAAGAAUUAAAACAGAUUCGGCAGCACAUUCGUUCCUGUUUUGAGGAAAUCAAUUGUUUUCUCAUGCCCCAUCCUGGUCUUAAUGUGGCCACCAACCCACAUUUUGAAGGGAAAUUGAAAGACAUUGAAAAUGAAUUCAAGGAGCAGCUAAAGGUCCUGAUCCCGCUGUUGUUGGACUCGGAUAAUCUCGUUGUUAAAGAAAUCAAUGGAACAACUGUGUCGGCCAGAGAUCUAAUGGAAUAUUUCAAAGCUUAUAUCAAAAUAUACCAAGGGGAGGAGUUACCGGAACCAAAGUCCAUGUUACAGGCCACAGCUGAAGCAAAUAAUUUAGCUGCAGUCUCCACAGCAAAGACAGAAUAUUCCAAGAGAAUGGAAAAUGUUUGUGGGGGAGAUAAGCCAUAUUUACACCCAGAACGACUAGAGGAGGACCACCUCCGCUGCAGGCAAAGUGCCAUUGAUGUAUUCAAAUCAACACGGAAAAUGGGUGGACCAGAAUUCAGCAAACAGUACCUCGAGCAACUUGAAGCUGAAAUAGAAGAGCAAUACGAAAACUUUAAAAAACACAACGAGGGCAAAAACAUUUUCAGUUCAGCGCGGACGCCUGCCGUGUUAUUUACAGUCAUGGCAUUUUCAUAUGUCAUGUCAGGAGUGUUUGGACUGGUGGGAAUCGAAUCUUUUGCCAAUUUACUGAACUUAGUGCUGGGACUUUUCCUGAUUUUACUGGUGAUAUGGAUUUAUGUGAGGUACAGCGGGGAACACCGGGGUGUGGGACAGCAUAUUGACCAAAUAGCAGAGUUUAUCUGGGAUAAGGGCCUCAGUCAAGUGUACAUGCAGAUGAUGCAACAAAGUGUCCAACAUGCAGCAAGGCAGACAUCGAGACAAUUAUCAAGACCCAAGACAGAUUAGACUAUGUCUCUAGAGAUAUGUGAUCCUCCGAUGAAAUUGACAGCAUUUGUGUAUCGUCCAACGAGGCCUGAACCAAAUCUCCUCACCCAUUUUUAAAAUUGCCGUACUUUUUCCAGCCUUAAUUUAUACCCUUCCUUGAAAUAUUCUGCAUUUUUU